AUGGUUAAGAGCACGCUGUUCUUCUGUAUCUUAUUGAUUACAGUUAUCGAUAGUCGAGCAAUUCGUGAUCGACGACAAAUUCAAUCCCGACAGACCGGCCAAGACGUGAGUAACUUUAUAUCGAGUGGCUUCAACACCAUUCGUGAUACAGUCUCACCGGCAGCUGGCUAUACUUUCGAUCAAGCUUCUCAACUUUGGAAUCGUUACAAACCAAACAUUAACCAAGGAAUCAAUCAAAUUGGUCAAACAUGGAAUCAGUACAAGCAACAAGUAAAUCAAGGUUGGAAUCGAUUUUCUCAAAAUUUCUAUCCAUCAUAUGACUAUCAAAACUACGGAUAUAAUCAGUAUGGUUAUAAUCCUCAACAAUAUCCUGCUUAUUACAAUAUGCCACCGAACUAUGAUGGACAGAGAGCUUAUCCGACAUACAAUACCGGAAAUCAAUGGUAUCAAAAUUAUGGUCCUCAACAACGUUCAAAUGGAUUUGUUCCACCUAUAAAUCCAUAUCAGCGAUCAGCAUUUUCUGAUCUCAAUCGUAUUCGGUGA